AUGGGAGCGGUUCCCAGUCGGGAGUCCUUGUCACGGGGGCUGUGCCGGCUGCCAGAUUAUGGGCAAAAGCACAAAAUGGUAUUGAUUCCCCUUACCAAGGAGUUUUUUCCUUCGCCCGACUGCUUGCCUCUGCGCCAGCUAUUCGAAGCCCGCAAGGAUCCGUUUGUUCAUUAUUAUCACACAUUUGAUGAGUCCUUCACGCGGGUUCAGCCGUCCGGCGAUAAGGUACGGAGUGCUUCCGCCACCACCAGCGGCGAUGGAAACAGUGUGUGGCACGCUGAAGAAUUUGUGCCACUCAACUGUACCCCUGAGGAGUUUUAUGACGCAUACGUAACACGAGCGCGGAAGUCAUUGAUAUUUGAUACGGAUAAGCAAAUGUUCGACUUGAAUGCGCAAGACCCGGAGGCACUUCGUCCCGUGCCAUGCGCCAUAGCAUUUGUUUGUGGCCCCGCUGGUUCAUUGCCCGGGUCCGAUAACGUCGGACGGCCUCCGGAGAAGGGCGGAUUGUACAUGCAUGGUUGUGAUGACGACGCCGAAUUUAUGAAGGACGCUGCUGAAGGGGAAGGUGAAGAUGAUGGCGUGGGUGGCGCGGCUGAGGGCAAAAGUGUUCUGGAAGAGAGCGUCGUCGUUUGCGGUUUGCGGCUACGGGUUGUCGGUUUCGUUGGCGAUGUGAACGGUAUCCUCCCACGUAGCUGUGAUGAUAACUUGGGUGAAGGUCCGUUUCAGCUGCAGGUGUUCCUCAACAAAUCAGUUGGGGAUCACAACUUCGUACACGCAUUCAUAUCGGCUAUUUACACAUACGUCGCACAGUGGCGUGAAGCUCUGGCUGGGGUGAUGAGUGUUAAAGAUGAAGCACGAUUGGCAAAGCAACGACGGGAUAAAAUGAGGGAUGGUGGGCUUACUGACUCCCCGGACAUUGACAGUAACCGUGAUCUGCUGCUCCCUCCUGUAGGAUCCGUUGUCAUUGCCAGCAGACGGGCUAAUGUUCCAAUGCUGUGCUUUCAGCGAGUCCUGCGAGCGACCCUCUCGAGACUGUUUGCUGUUGCAGAAGCCGACAAGGCAACCGAUCCUAACGGCUCCUUUUGUAGUAAGUGCGGCAACCGAAGCGACCACGUGUCUUGGCUUAACAAGGUGGGGACCGAGGAACCGCUGAAUGCUCCAAGAGAAGAUAAUGAAACCCCAGAAGAAUGUGCCACGGUUUUUGGCCCAAAAACAAAUUUCGGGAUGGGGGAUGAUCUUCACAUGUGGUUGGACAAUGAUGUGCUGUUCACACGUAUUUCACAAGAUGCUGCAACACGCGCUGUUGGAUGCAUCGCAAGACGUAUGGAUUGCCCAGACUGCAUCACCGACAUUGUACGGCCGAAGUACUUUGAAAUGCAAGAAAUUAGCGACCGUGAUGCGUCGACUGCUCGAACUCGCACCACCGUCAGUGUGACCGAAACAGUGGGGUCACUGCCUCCGGCCAUUGAUGCUCGCACGCACAACACGCUUAAUGAAGCGCCUGUGAGUAUUUUAGCGAGUAUUCCCUCAAGGGGCACCGAAAGCAGUCAGAACGGGAACAGUACCGCUGUUGCUGCCGCUGCAGCCGCACUGAAGCCACAUCGAAAGCUGAAUGACAGGCCAGGUGGCGCCGUAGUUGUGGAGGCGUGGCCCGAGGGUGGUAUUGACUUGGUCGACUUUGCUGACAGCGAAGACAGCACCAAGGACCAGCAGUUACAUUUGUACUGGGUGGUUGGCCACUCAAAGGAGGCACAGAGGACCGCCACCGUCGCCCUUUCGUCAUGGAAGGCUAACGGGAGAUCGGUAGUUAUCGGGAGAACAUGUUGUUCGUCAGUCGAGAGUGGACGAAAAGGAAGCGGCGGCAACAAAGAUGAUGAUGAUGAACAGGUGUCAAUUGGGGAGUUAAUCCACCUUAUGGUAGACCCAUGCCAAUCAAGCGAAUCCCAGUCAUGGGUUAUUGAGCGUCUCAAGUUCCCGCUGGAAGAGCUUCUGCUCUCCGAGUUGCACAAUAGCUGCAAGCUGGCGCGGGAAGCACAUGUCGACGCGGAGAACUGGAUACGUUACCGUGAUUCCGGAAGUGAGCAAUCACGACCAACACCCCUGUUGUUACCCCCUGAUAUCACUGAGGGUAACGCGGAAGGGUCGCCAGAGUUGGCUGACGCCGUGGCCCAACUUGUUGGUGAGGGUACACUUUGCCUGUGGCGUCUCUCACUCGUUACGGGGGCGGUGAGGGUUGUAGCAGUCACACCGUACUUCCUCCGCCCACCACGGAAAAAGCGGUCGCGCAGGAAGGUAGCCCGACGACAGCGUGUUCUCACAAAGGGUGUUGAAAGUUCUACGAAGUUGACCACACCCGCCCCCACGCGUCACCUCGGUCCUCCGAUGGUGCCGCAACAAUCCAAAGCCAAAAGAACGGUAACUGCAAAAGCAACAACGACAGGGUUUCUGGCACCGAUGACCACUGUAAUGGGACCAGUGAAAACCGCAGAACAGGGCACCCCCUUCCCAUUGGUCAACUAUGGAGUUUGUAAAGAAGGUGCGGUACCCCCGAUGCCCACUCCAAACUUUCCCUCGGUAGGGUUUGGCUACGUAUUGCCUCAGCAACGGCUUCGCACAUACGGAAGCCCCGCACCCGCACAUUAUGCAGAGCCACUCGUUUUGACCCACGAGCCCCAGCACGACUUUCCGUGCUUCAACCAACCUGUUGUCGGUACCAACCGCCCUCCUGCUUCCGUUUUGAACCACAGGGUGAGGCACCCCCCCGCUCCCUUCACGAGCAGUCGCAGCCCCACGGUGGACCCAUGUGAGUUUGUAUUCUGCGACGAUCCCAAGGAUUCGCGCCGUGGAAGCAGUAAUAGGGACAGCCAUCGUGUUUCCAUACCUUCCUUCAGCACUCCCCAUUGGGAUGAUACUGGGGUUCCCUGGUCUUACGCUGCAUCGGGUGAGCGGUCGAGUACAACGCGAGGCUCGUCAAUUGUGGGCAAUCAGUGCAGCCCCUUUCCCCAAAGUGCGGAUAAAUGGUUAAAUCCCACGAACCCCCGUUCCGGUGCCCGCGAGAAAGUCCAUUAUUUACCUGGGUUCCGCAGUUCCUUUGGGGGUAUCAGCGACUCCGACGAUACCACGGCAUGUGUGCGUAACCGUGUCCACAGUGUUCCCACGAACUUGGAAAGCGGUAAAGACGUUUACUCGGAUCGGUCAGGGGUGAUGACUCCGUCCCUUAAUGUUUGGGUGCGGCACGGUUUACAGCACUGA